AUGUCGGACUACACUCUAUACGGCUACUUCCGCUCUUCGUGCACGGCACGUGUCCGAAUCGCACUGUAUCUCAAGGGCGUGUCAUGCGACGACGUUCCCAUCAAUCUCCUCAAAAACGAACAGGCGUCGUCGAAGCACAAGGAGCUCAACCCGUCUGGCACGGUCCCUCUGCUCGUGGACAAUAACAGCGGCUUCAAGAUCGGACAAUCCGUCGCCGCCUUGGAGUAUCUUGAAGAGACGCACCCCGAGCGCAGUCUGCUGCCCAAGGACGCACAGGCCAGAGCUACCAUUCGACAGCUGGUCAACAUCAUCGCUUGUGACACUCAGCCCGUCACGAAUCUGCGAAUCAUGCGUCAGGUCAGGGCUCUGGGAGGCGUAGCGGAAGACUGGAACUUGGGCCUCAUGAUGGACGGUUUGCAGGCAUACGAGGCUGUCGCGCAAGGUUGCGCAGGGAAGUACUCCUUUGCGGAUGAGGUCAGCUUGGCGGACUGUGUCUUGGUGCCUGCUGCCUGGAACGCGCAGCGGUUUGGUGUGGACAUGACCAAGUUUCCUGUUAUUCAAGGCAUCAUGAAGAAUUUGGAGGAGUUGGACGCUGUGAAGAGGGCUGACUACUUGGUGCAGUCAGACACGCCCGAAGAGCUCAGGCAGAACAAGUGA